AGCUUUUGCACCUCCAUUUUGUUGAAUUCACAGCGCUUAGUACCCUGCAGAUCCAAUUGCUGGGUUUCAGUUCUAUACCUAAGCUAGCUGUUUUGCCUGAAGUGUCUUCUGUAGUUACACCACAAGAAACAUUUGUACAUUUACCUUUUGCCGUUCUUGGAGUGAAAACCCUGAUGAAUUAGGUGACUUGAGCUGUGAGGUAGCUUGAUACUGCUUGCUUUACCCGCUGUAUUGCCUGUAGUAGAGGCUGAUUACAUUAUGUCCUUCGCUGCUUUCACUAAAGUUGUGUUCACGGGGCACAUCGCGGAUGCUAUCUCACGUCAAAGGUGCACCGCAUUAAUGAAUAUGCCUACGCGUCCACAACAUGCAGGAUCGCUCUGGAUCCGUGAUGCCAUCUUUCCAGGCUUGUGCUUCUUACACACGAAGCCUAUUGGAUCUCUGACUCACAGCAUUCGGAAAUUACGCCAGAGUUGUGGAGGUACAGCGGCCUGCCCAGGUGUGGAAGCGUACAAAAUGGGAGAAUGCCACAUUUCGAUUGAUAGAAAAUUUGCACGUGUGGUUCCAAAAUCGAACAAAGCGGCAAUAGCUGUUGCCGCUGCAGUCGACGAUUAGGCCACAUGGUCGAUGUGACAGAUCCUUUUGGUUCCAAUUUUGAAAUAGAAUACUGUUAGCCAAAUGUUACUUUAGGACUUAGCUCUAAAUUUGACUUCAAUCAGUUCAAGUCACUCGUUCACUUGUUCCCACUAGGGCUCACAGCCUCCAUUCUGAUUAAGUUCCAACCAGCCAUUCCACGGUCAUUGUUGAAGGGGUCCUUAAUGCUACUUGAAAUGCAGGAUCGAAUGAAGGAGCCCUCUUUGGGACCAGAAUAUGCACAACUUCUAGGAUUCCAACUAGGAUAAUCAAGUAGCUCAGUGCUCUCAUUUCUAGAGAUUCAUCUCUCUGUAGAUGCGAAAAUCUCUUGUAGUACAUUGGGUGAUUAUCAAAAUCUCCAAAGGUGAUAUUAUCAGGCGUGGCUCAAGCAUGAACUUUUCUUCAGAUUUCAGUAAAACUUCAACUAUAGAUUUGCUGGGGAACCACUGAUGAGCGCAUCCUGUGCGUUUCCUCUUCAGUAAGGGAAACUAUCUCCCCUCCCUUGUAUCGACUUCUAGUCUACGAACGCGAUUCAAGCAAUAAGAUGGGCAGCGUGUACAAUGUGGAUAGUUUGCCA